AACAUUCUAAGCCUGUUGAGUUUCCUGUGAGCCUUUCAAAGCACUGGGACAAAGAACUUCUGUCCAGCCAAAGCUGUUUUCUUAUGAGCUGACCCUUCCUCACCAAGGAGGAAGAAGAGGAUGAGCGAGGAGAACGACUGGAUGAAAAGGAUUCAAGAAGAAAAUGCACACCUGAAAAAUCAAAUUAGGCUACUCAAGGAGAACUAUGAAUUACGCUUAUUGUUGGGUCAGCAGUGUGAGAACAAUAGUCAAGGGCAAAGCUUGGGUCCUCACACCUCUCCUGUCUUUUCUGAUACUGGCUCAUUGGCAAAAGGAGCUCAGUAUAUUGGAAGAUCGCUUAACAACAAAUUCGAAUCUGAAGUUCAACUACAGCCAUCCGUGCUUGAAGAUUUUAAUUAUUCCCCACGCAUCACCUCCAAGGAGACCUCAGUCCUGUCCAGUCCCAGUGCCCAGACUCUGCCCAAGCAGCUCCACAAUGAUUCCUCCUUUUUUCAACCUAGAAGUGGAGAAAAGAAAUCCAUGCACUUGUCAAGCAUGUCGUGUUCUUCCAUUGGAGGAAAACAGCUUGAGGAAUCCACAGACAUCUUGGGGCUCAAGAAAGCUUGGCUUACGGAGGGCCCUCUGCCAGGAGGUGAUAAGGCUCAAACUCCAUUACCACUUAACAUUGCUCAUUACAAGGCUGGAAAACUACUUGGCUCAAAAGACCUACGAAGUCACUCAGCAUCAUGGCAAGAAGAUUUAACUUCCUCAAAUCCUACCAGUGUGUCAAACAAGGAAGAUGUCCAGGCACAGACCACGUUUUCAGAUGAUCUCCCCAAAGGAGUUUCCUCCUCAAGGAUUUCUGAAAGGCAGUCCUAUCACCAUUUAGGCAGUGCCCAGGACUCAAGCACAGAUAAAAUACAGCUUGAAGCUCAAGCAAUGCCCAAGAAGAAGAGAGUCUGGUUUUCAGAUGUACCAGCCACAGACAAGUUAAAGUUACACACGUUCUACUUAAACGAUAUAGAGAUUGCUCAAAACAGCAAGAAAAAUGGACGCAUAGUGGGAGAAAUUGCCUUCCAGUUAGAUAGGCGUAUCCUUGCUCAUGUGUUUCCUGGAAUCACAAGGCUCUAUGGAUUCACAGUGUCCAAUAUUCCUGAAAAAAUCAAACAGGUCUCCAUGAAAUCCCUAGAUGGCUCUGUGGAUGAGAAGAAGUAUCGAGCCAUGACUCAGCGCUACCUAGACCUGACUGCUCGCCUGGGGAAGAUGGGUUACCGCACGGAAGUGCAUCCCGUGUUCAGUGAAUUUCUCAUCAACACCUAUGGCAUCCUGAAGCAAAGGCCUGACCUGACCGCCAACCCAGUGCACAACAGCCCUGCUGAACUCAGGAAGAUGGUGAUUGACAUUGUCCCAUCUAAGUUCCUUGGAGACACCUUACUGCUGUUAAACUGUUUAUGUGAACUUUCUAAAGAAGACCACAAGGCCCUUUUUGCCUGGUAGUGCAUCCUGCGACUCUUGCCCGCAAAUUUCUAACAGAAAGAACACACAAACGGCAUUUAUGUAAUAAAAUGAUAUCUGCUGCAAGUGGGCAUGAAGUAGUGUGGAUGCUUUUUGUGUUCGGCUGUUGCUGACUGAUUUGCUGUUUUUUAAAUUUCAUUUUGCUUUUGGUUAAAUAUGUUUUUAAUUGUUUUAUUGAUAUUGUAAUUUUAUAUUUGUAUUGUCGGUAGCCAUAUUUUGGCUAGUGGCGGGAGAUAUAUUUUAGUAUAAAUAAAGUAAGAUUUUUUAACUAAAUAAAGGAAGUCGUUAACG